AUGUUUACUCAAAGAAUUUCUAAAAUAUUUAAAAACCGAAAAACUGAGAAUAUCAAAAUGAGUAGACUUUCUGGUUAUCACAUCAUGAUAGUCUCAAUUUACUUUGAAACUAUCAAAGACUUUAUUAACUUGGAGUUGGUAUGCAAGAAGUUUGGUGGUAAUAUGGAGAAGUUCCACUUCAACCCGAUUCCAUUAAAUUACAAAACAAUUGGAUACUUUCCAAACAUCGAGACACUUCACUUGUGGGAUGUAAAAGAUGAGAAUUUUGGGAAUGGAUUUAUGAUAAACAGAGAGAAAAUGGAAAUUGUGAAAAUAAAGGUUGUUUUGAAGAAAGAAUUCUUUCGAAUCAUUGUGUGGUUCAAUGUUGACUUUGAAACUUUUGACAGAAACAAAAAUCGAAACAUCGAGUUUAAAAAUGUUACUUACACUAAAAAUAAUAGAAAGAAAUUUGGUAAUAUUAUUCCACCAAGUGUGAGAUCAAUUGGUGAUGGUUGUUUCAGUUAUUGCGGUAGUUUGAGUAGUGUUAACAUACCAUCAAGUGUGACAUCAAUUGGUGAAUAUUGUUUCUUUGGAUGUAGUAGUUUGACAAGUGUUUUAAUACCAUCAAGUGUUACAUCAAUUGGUGAUUGUUGUUUCAGUGGAUGUAGUCAUUUAAGCAGUGUAACAAUACCAUCAAGUAUAACAUCAAUUGGUGAUUAUUGUUUCAGUUAUUGCAGUAGAUUGAACAGUGUUAUAAUACCAUCGAGUGUGACAUUAUUUGAUUAUUGUUGUUUCAAUGGAUGCAGCAGUUUGACAAGUGUUUUAAUACCAUCAAGUGUGAAAUCAAUUGGUUAUUGUUGUUUCAAUAGUUGUAGUAGUUUGAGCAGU